CCACUCCAAACAGUGCGAUGUCGAUGACUUUACGCUGCACAGAGGUCAUUCUGCAGUUGCUUCAAGAGUCCUGAAAACAACAUGGAAUAUAUCAGCGAAAAAGUGUCUGAAAAUGAUUAUGAAUCUGCUCUCAAAGCCUUAAACCAGCUUGACAUCAGCAAAUAUGACUACGACCAGUUCAAAAGUCAAUCAAGUAAAAUUUUGGAUACCUUCUGGGUCUGCCACAUGGACGGUGAUUACCAGAAUAAGAUUGCCGUAAAAUGUCUCAAUUUGUUGAAACGAUCGUGUGCCUUGGGUGAAUCCUUUCAAAACGAAAUAAUCUCCAAAGAGCCCUUCCUGGGCAACCUAACGAAAAUUUUGAAUGAUGACAAUAUUCCGGAAAACAUUAGGCUGAACUGCUUACAACUGCUGGCGAAUCUUUGUGUUCAGAAUAAACGGAACCAGGAGCAAAUACUGAAGGAGUUCAAAAAUUAUCUAUUGAAGAGUAUCGAGGCUAACAAUAGUUUUACAAACGCUGCCACGAUGAUCGUCUACAACGCAUUUAUCUACAAAGCCGACAUUGGGCUGGACGCCCAAGAACUGCUGGCGGUUUUAUUGGCGAAUGUGGAAACCAAUCGGCAGGCCCAGCAAGAGGCACCCGAGUUUGUGGGAAUCUUUCUCGAGUACCUGAUGUGCGACAGCAACGAGGUCGUCGACGGAUACGAACGAAUCGAAUGCUCGAAGCGCAUCCUGUUUGUACGCUACCUGAAUGAGUACAUCCGUCAGGAGAAAAGUGGACGGUCGAUCAGGUCGCUCCAACAGGAUUUGUUCAAGCAUCUGUUGGUUGAUUUUAAGAAGAAGUCUGACUGUGUGCUCAAGACGGUAGAUAGCUACUUGGAUGGGGAGAAAACGGGCGAGGUUUUUGCGCUGCUGAUGUUUCUGGCGGACGCUAGUUGCGUUGAGCCGUACGGGUCGUUCUUGCGACAAGAUGGAGCGCUGUUUCUCAACAUGGGAAGUCUUCUUCGUCAGUUACAAACCAUUGGCAAAAGUGAAAAUCACAACAUAUUUACCCCAGUUCAGAAGAUCGAAGAAAUUCUCAAGGUGAAACAAGGCACCAGUGAGUUGAACAUAGAGGAAGACAUUUCCUUCUCACUGAAAUCAUCCCUGGUUAAAGCCCUGGCCAAUUUGUCGUACAAGAACAAGAAGAAUCAAAACCUAGCUCGCGAUAUGCAAAUAUUCCCCGCAAUACUGGAGUGCACUAAUCUCGACGCAAGGAACCCACUCAUAAAGGAGUGGAGCAUCUUAGCUAUCAGAAAUCUGUGUGACGACAACCUGGAGAACCAACAGUUUGUGGCAUCUUUGACGAAAAUUGGAGACACCGAAAAUUCCCUACAACUGGAUUACAGCGGUGCGGCAGGGACCAUUCGGAUUAAGGACAGUAGCACGUCCUCACGUGGGCAAUGAAGUUGUGCCCACCGUUCCCAUUGUGUUCAAUGUUUAUUUACUUAGUCAGUCAAAAGCCUUACCUUUGUACUGCGAAUGGAUGCAAGAUUUGCUAGACAAACAGACUAGAUGGAAAUUGUUCGUAGAACAAUGCUGGAUUUGGUUUGCUGAUUGCUUUGGCUUCAAAGCUGAAAAAUAAAUUAAAUUGAUUAUUUAA